AAACCAAAGUGGCGCCAAAUCCAUUCUUAUAAAAAGUCUCUCUCUCUCUCUCUCUCUCUCUCUCUCUCUCCCCCGCUUCUCUCAGAGCUUCUCACUCUCUCUUUCUCUCUCUGUAUCUCUCUCAGUCAACUCGGCGGGGCAGCUUUGCGGUGCACAAUCUGCAUUUUCAGGUGCAAGGUUUUGGGAAGCUGUUGUAAGUCGUAGCUGUUGGAGCAGUAGUAACAAGAUGACAAGUUCCAUGAGCAAUGAGGAAAUGCAAUUAAGAAGUUGUGAUCAGUUGCAUUUCAUUCAGGCAAUUAGGGAUGGCGAGGUUAAAAAAGUUGUCAAUGUGUCACGUGGAAGACUGACACUUAUGUUCAAGACACUUGAUGAGAUAUAUGGGUUUCCAGUUACCAAAAGAACCGUCUCAACUUCAAGAACUUGCUCUAGAAAAAAGCUCCAUGCCUCACAGUUUGAUCCCAAGAAGGUCAAAGUUGAAGUCCCGGACCGUCUCAAUAGAACUGACAAUGGACCUUCUGACUUCGAUCUCUUUGGUGAUGUUAAUGAAGGAGACGAUGAUUUGGAUGAUCUCACUUUGGAUAAUAUGACGCUGAGUCAGAUUAAGGAGAGAAGCCAAAUGAAGAAACGAAAGCGGUCCACUUCUGCUGCUGACAAUGGAAAAAAUGGUGCUGGCUUUGAUGAUAAAAAAGGUUGCUCAAACACUCAGCUUGGGGAAGACGACGACGAGCUUGAGGAGCCCCUGAUUAAGUUGAAAUCAAAACUUAGAAAGAAUAUCAGAAGAGGCAAAAAGAAGAGCAAGAAGAAGGAUGUCACUGCAUCAUCUGGGAAUGCCAUUGUAGUUGUAAAAACUGAGCAGACCUGGUCUGAACAUUCUUCCGUAGAACCUGAUUGGGAUUUGGAUUUGCCUGUGCCCCUUGCUAUCAAAGUUGAGGUUCCUGAAGACUACCAUGCAGGCCAUGAAAUGAUGGCAUUUCUACUUGGAGAUUCUUCUGUUGUUGAUAAUGAGCAAGAAGCUUACUAUUUAUGUGCAAGAGAAGAGCUCAAACAGGCUGAUGAAUAUAUUUCAGAUAUUGAGGGGUCUUCCCCUGAAUCUCCAUUUAAGGACACAGAGGAGGAUGAGUGCAAAUCCACUUCCAGGGAAGCAGUUUUGACAGCAAAUACUUUGGAAUUAAGGAACUGCCUUGAAGACCUUCAAUCAGAACCAAAGGAAGAAGAAUGUAUUCCUAAUGGUGGGUUUGGUUCAGAUGCCGAUGAUGGGUCCUUGCAAUCAGAUGAAGAGCGUAUUCCAAUCCUUAAAAGUAGCCCACAUAUCGAACUUGCUGAUGCUAAAUCGCCUUUCAAUAUUGAAACAAGUUCUACAAUUAGCUCUAUCGAUGAGUCUACCACUUUACAUUGUGACGUGAAUCCUACCCCAGGAAUCACUGUCAGUUCAGUUUCUACUGCAGAUGGUUUGUCCCUGAGCGAGGAUGAAUUGUCUCAGAUGGCCUGUGUCGAUGUAGCAAAGAUCUGCUUAGAGGAUAUCCCUCCCUCUGCUGCUGUUGAGGAGCAUAUCACAUCAGAGAGGGCUGAGAAUAAAGAACUUCCUAAGUUGCAGCACACUUUUCGAAGGCUUUUCUCUACUAGAAAGGUCAUAUCGCCCACUUCUCAGGAGCGGCUGUGUAAGUCUAUGAGGUCCGAUGAGCUGUCCGAUGAUGAAGUUUACAAAUGCAGGGGCAAGUUGUACCUCAGGGCACAGAGAGCCGAAAAGAUUCGGAGUGUUGAAACGAUGGAACAUGUUAAGAGAGGUGAACUAACGGGAAAUUUUAAGAAACAAAAGCCUGAUAGAAUAGGUUUAUCUCCUCUAGGCAUUCAAAAGGUGCGUCAAAUAUCUAGUCUUGCUACAUCGCGGAUGAAUGCAGAGUGCAACUCCAUGCGAAGUCCUUCAGAGAAUGCAAUUGCAUUCUCUCAACGGCAGAUGCAAGACAUUGAAAAUUUGACAACCAAACUUAUGGUUGAACUGAAGUCUGUGAAGGAAAUUGCUGAGGAAGCAUCUCUUUCUGGAGCCGGUGUGGUCACAGCGUCAAAAUAUGAUGCUGAUGAGGUAAGGGCACGCAUUGAGAAUGCGACAAGAGUCGAAGAAACUGCUAAGAGGUGGCUUUCUAUGAUGGCACGUGACUGCAAGCGUUUUUGCAAAAUCAUGAAAUUUACUGAGAAUGGUCGAUGCGCUCCUGGAACUGUGGCCCAGAAGGAGCGGAAGAAGGUUCGUUUUGCCGAUGAAGCGGGAAGAAAGCUGCACCAUGUCCAGUACAUCUAGUAACAUGUGUCUUCUCCAUUUGGGAUCAAACUGUAAGAAACAGGCGGCACCGGCUCGACUAUCAUUGCUAUGUGUAUGUUACUGUACAUUCUGCCCGUUAGAUAUGAAUGCAAUGCCUGGUCGCUUGAUUGAUUUGAACGAGAAACCAGGCAGCUCCAAGUGCGAAAGCAUGAGAACCUGAGUAGUUUCGCAUUUGAUAUUCAUUCAUUGUCUGUCGUGUUGUAAUUCAUAAUUUGUACUUGUUACCUCUUCUCUCAUUCUCUACGUGAUUCCAGCAAAUUCAAUUCCA